AUGUCGUCGUCACAUGGAAUCUCUGACCGUCCUCAAGAUUAUUUUGUAUCAAUCGACACUCCACAAGCGGAUGUUACGACCAAGUUUACACCCUUUAUUGCACCCAAAUACACCUUGCAAUGGUAUAAUUUGAAUCUCAAGACUAGUGUUACGAGUAGUGGUCGUAUUAACCAUUCCCAUACAAAAGUAGUUGAUGAAAAGAUAAUUCUAUCUAACGUGAGUGGCUAUGCAAACCCUGGUGAAUUACUUGUCAUUAUGGGACCAUCAGGUGCAGGUAAAAGCACGCUCUUGGAUUGUAUCUCGGGGCGUAAUCAUGACGUUGAGGGAAUCAUUACACUCAAUGGAGAGCCAUGGAAUGAUCGGAUCAAACGUUUUGCAUCUUACGUGAUGCAAGACGAUCUUUUCUAUUCGACAAUUACAGUCAAGGAACAUUUAGUAUACCAAGCAAAAUUACGUAUGGGGAAGUCAUAUACAGAGCAACAAUAUAGGAAACGUGUUGAUGACGUGAUGGAAGAGUUGGGUCUCAUGAAAUGUCGUGAUACGUUAAUUGGUGGUCUCUCAUUACGAGGUAUUUCAGGAGGAGAACGAAAACGAUUAUCAUUUGCAACCGAGAUUUUAACAAAUCCAUCCAUCUUGUUUGUGGAUGAACCAACAUCAGGCUUGGAUAGUUACAUGGCAGAAACAGUGACGAUGAAACUGCAACAGAUUGCUCGUGGUGGACGUACGGUAGUUGCUACUAUCCACCAACCUUCAUCGGAAUUAUUUGCAUUGUUUGAUCAAUUGUACCUCGUGUCGGAUGGUUCGCCUGUUUAUCAAGGCAAAGCUCGAGAUUCGGUUGAGUAUUUUGCAUCGCUAGGCUAUGAAUGUCCCUCAUUGAUGAAUCCGACCGAUUAUUUUAUGAAGCAACUAGUUGUCAUGGACAAAGCUACUGACUUGGCAGGUGUUGAACGUGUUGAGACAUUAAAGAAGGAAUGGGCACUGCGUCAGACACUGCCUAAAAUUGAAGCAUUUAGUGAUGGUAUAAAGGUCGAGGAAUAUCAAGACUCACGGUUGGGUUUGCUUGGACAACUUGGGGUGUUGGCGCAUCGAAAUGCUGUUCGCUUCGUACGCGAUCAUAUAAGUUUCCGUGCAGCAAUUUUCCAAACAAUCUUUAUCGCUGUCGUCGUAGGUCUCAUCUAUUUGCAACUGGAUCUUGAUCAGAAAGGAAUCCAGAACUUUGCGGGUGGGUUUUUCUUCCUCAUCGUCAACCAAACAUUCAGCUCUGCCAAUCCACUCUUCGUCUCGGUGCCAUUGGAACUGCCCAUCAUUAUUCGCGAGUACAGGGCUGGACUAUACCACCUUUUUUCGUGGUACCUUGCCAAGAACGUGAGUGAGUUACCGAUGCAGAUUUUCUUGCCUAUUGUGUUGUUUGUACCAGCUUACUUCUUGAUUGGCAUCGGCCACGGUUUUGACGUCUACAUCUACCAGCAAAUUAUCAUGAUCCUCGUCAACAGUUGUGCUGUAGGGCUCGGCUUAAUGGUUUCCUGCUUGGUUCGUCGAGUCGAAAUUGCUCCGAUUGUUGGUGUUGUCAUUAUUCUGCCGUUCCUGUUGUUUGGAGGACUGUUGAUCAACUCUGAUGACAGUCCCAAGUAUUUUGUGUGGAUUCAAUAUUUGUCCCCGAUCAAAUACGGAUUUGAAGCGAUGAUGAAGAUCUUUUGGAAACAGGUUCCAUCAAUCGCUUGCAACGACGCGAUUGAGAAUUGCACUGCACUUACUGGAGCAGACGUGCUGAAGAAUUUUAGCAUGCAGUCACAAUCCGCCCUCGUGGACGGUCUCAUCUUGUUGGCUAUCAACUUUGGCUUCCGCACCAUCGGUUUUAUUGGGCUAUGGCUGAACUUACGAAAGGAACGAUAA